AUGAUCCGCAACAGGAAGCAGUUGGUGCCCGGGGCCUCGGCGGCGGAAUCCCCCCCGACGCUGCAUGGGCCCAAUGGACUGGUACAUCGCCUCACAACCGGAGCCGAGAGACACGCGGCCGACAUCCAAGAUAGCGCCCGCCUCGCCGGACCGCGAAAGAUCAGAGGCAAACCAGACAGAGGGAGACCACCCAAACGAGCUGGCCCUGAUAAGAGCAGCCCAGAUUUCAUCCAGGAUGCUGACAAAAGAUGA